GACUGCAGAAUUUUCUCAUCCGUUUCCAUUGUUCAUUUCCUCAGGACCAUUACACCUCCGUGGCAUCAAUAGGGAUUGGUAAGACAAGGUGAACAAUGGGUGACUCUGUCAUGAGAGACUUUGGGGCAGCAGCCCCGUACCUGAGGAAGUCAGACCGGGAGCGCCUGGAGGCCCAGACCCGUGCCUUUGACAUGAAGAAGGAGUGCUUUGUUACAGAUCCUGAUGAGGAAUAUGUGAAGGCUUCCAUCAUCAGCCGUGAUGGAGACAAAGUCACUGCUGAGACUGCAAAAGGGAAGACUGUCACAGUGAAGGAGUGCGAUGUACACCCUCAGAACCCGCCAAAGUUUGAUAAAAUUGAAGACAUGGCGAUGUUCACCUUCCUCCAUGAGCCCGCUGUGCUGUUUAACCUCAAAGAGCGUUAUGCAGCAUGGAUGAUUUACACCUACUCUGGUCUCUUCUGCGUGACUGUCAACCCCUACAAGGGGCUGCCAGUCUACAACCAAGAGGUGGUUGUUGCCUACAGAGGAAAGAAGAGGGCUGAAGCUCCUCCUCAUAUCUUCUCCAUCUCUGACAAUGCCUACCAGUACAUGCUGUCAGACAGGGAAAAUCAGUCAAUUCUCAUCACUGGAGAAUCCGGUGCUGGGAAAACUGUCAAUACCAAGAGAGUCAUCCAGUACUUUGCCAGCAUUGCAGCUGCAGGCGGGAAAAAGGAUGCAGGCAGUGACAAAAAGGGUUCUCUGGAGGAUCAAAUCAUUCAGGCUAACCCUGCUUUAGAGGCCUUUGGUAACGCAAAGACCAUCAGGAAUGACAACUCCUCCAGAUUUGGUAAAUUCAUCAGAAUUCACUUUGCAGCCAGUGGAAAGCUGGCCUCAGCUGACAUUGAGACAUAUCUGCUGGAAAAGUCCCGGGUCACCUAUCAGCUUAAGGCUGAGAGGGAUUACCACAUCUUCUAUCAGAUUCUGUCUCAGAAAAAGCCUGAGCUGCUUGAAAUGCUGCUUAUCACCAACAACCCCUAUGACUACGGCUUCAUCUCCCAAGGAGAGACGACAGUAGCAUCCAUCAAUGAUGCUGACGAACUGAUGGCAACUGAUGAAGCCUUUGAUGUGCUGGGAUUUAAUCAAGAAGAGAAGAACGGCAUUUACAAGCUGACUGGUGCCAUCAUGCAUCAUGGAAAUAUGAAAUUUAAGAACAAGCAGCGUGAAGAACAGGCAGAGGCUGAUGGCACCGAAGAUGCUGACAAAAUUGCAUAUUUGAUGGGCCUGAACACCUCCGACCUCAUCAAAGGUCUCUGUCACCCGAGAGUCAAAGUCGGAAAUGAGUGGGUCACCAAGGGACAAAGUGACCAGCAGGUGAACUCUUCUAUUGGUGCACUGGCUAAAUCAGUGUAUGAGAAGAUGUUUUUGUGGAUGGUGGUGAGGAUAAACCAAUCCCUGGACACAAAGCAGCCCCGCCAGUACUUUAUUGGAGUACUGGACAUUGCUGGAUUUGAGAUCUUUGAUUUCAACACCUUUGAGCAGCUGUGCAUCAACUUCACCAAUGAAAAACUGCAACAGUUUUUCAACCACCACAUGUUUGUGCUGGAGCAAGAAGAGUACAAGAAAGAGGGCAUUGAAUGGACUUUCAUCGAUUUUGGCAUGGAUUUGCAGGCCUGUAUCGACCUGAUUGAAAAGCCCAUGGGUAUCAUGUCCAUCCUUGAAGAGGAGUGCAUGUUCCCCAAAGCCUCUGAUGCCACCUUUAAAUCCAAGCUCUAUGACAACCAUCUCGGGAAGUCUGGUAACUUCCAGAAGCCCCGAAUUGUCAAAGGGAGACCAGAGGCCCACUUUGCCCUGAUGCACUACGCUGGAACUGUUGACUAUAAUAUCAACAACUGGCUGGUGAAAAACAAGGAUCCUCUGAAUGAGACUGUUGUUGGACUCUACCAGAAGUCCAAUCUUAAACUGCUAUCUUUGCUCUUUGUAAAUUACGCUGGAUCAGAGUCAGCUGACGGUGGAAAGGGUGGCAAAGGCAGCAAGAAGAAGGGUUCAUCUUUCCAAACUGUGUCUGCCUUGCACAGGGAGAACCUGCAUAAGCUGAUGACCAACUUGAGGUCCACUCACCCUCACUUUGUACGCUGCAUCAUCCCCAAUGAGACCAAGACUCCUGGGGCCAUGGAGAACCCUCUGGUGAUGCACCAGCUGCGCUGUAACGGUGUGCUGGAAGGCAUCAGGAUCUGCAGGAAGGGCUUUCCCAAUAGGGUCCUCUAUGGAGAUUUCAAACAAAGAUAUCGCAUCCUGAAUCCUGCUGCCAUCCCUGACGGCCAGUUCAUUGACAGCAAGAAGGGAGCAGAGAAACUUCUUGGGUCUCUGGAUAUUGACCACAGUCAGUACAAGUUUGGACACACAAAGGUGUUCUUUAAGGCUGGUCUUCUUGGUCAACUGGAAGAGAUGAGGGAUGACCGUUUGUCCCUCAUCAUCACUGGGAUCCAGGCAAGAGCAAGAGGCAUGCUGGCAAGAGUGGAAUUCCAGAGAAUUGUUGAAAGGAGAGAUGCACUUUUGGUGAUCCAGUGGAACAUCCGUGCCUUCAUGGGGGUCAAGAAUUGGCCCUGGAUGAAGCUGUUCUUCAAAAUUAAACCUCUGUUGAGAUCGGCUGAAUCAGAAAAGGAAAUGGCCAACAUGAAGGACGAGUUCCUGAAGCUGAAGGAGGCAUAUGCAAAAUCUGAAGCUCGUAGAAAGGAACUUGAGGAGAGAAAUGGUUCUCUCUGCUUGAAGAAGAAAUGAAUGACCUGCCCAGAGCUCCAUGUCCAAUCUGAUGACGUUGUCCUGUCUGAAUGGAAGCAAAAGUAUGAAGAGUCUCAGUGUGAGCUGGAGAGCUCUCAGAAAGAGGCCAGGUCUUUGAGCACUGAACUCUUCAAACUGAAGAACUCCUAUGAGGAGUCUGUGGAUCAUCUGGAAACCAUGAAGAGGGAGAAUAAGAACUUACAGGAGGAAAUUUCUGACCUCACUGAGCAACUUGGCGAGAGCGGAAAGAACAUGCAUGAACUGGAGAAAUUAAGGAAACAACUGGAACAGGAGAAAAUGGAGAUCCAGUCUGCUCUCGAGGAAGCGGAGGCCUCUCUGGAGCAUGAAGAGGGGAAGAUUCUAAGAGCCCAGCUCGAGUUCAAUCAAAUUAAAGCUGAAAUUGAACGCAAACUAGCUGAGAAAGACGAGGAGAUGGAGCAGUGCAAGAGGAACCUGCAGAGGACCAUUGACACCCUGCAGAGCUCUCUUGAAGCUGAGUGUCGCAGCAGGAACGAGGCUCUCCGUUUGAAGAAGAAGAUGGAGGGAGACCUGAAUGAGAUGGAGAUCCAGCUGAGCCAGGCAAACAGGCAGGCUGCUGAGGCUCAGAAACAGCUUAAAUCUGUCCAUGCACAUCUGAAGGACGCCCAAAUCCAGCUUGAUGACUCUCUUCGAUCCAAUGAAGAUCUUAAGGAGAACAAUACCAUUAUUGAGAGACGCAACAACCUGCUUCAGGCUGAACUUGAGGAACUCAGGUCUGCUCUGGAGCAAACUGAAAGAGGACGCAAACUUGCUGAGCAAGAGCUGCUGGAUGUUAGUGAACGUGUGCAGCUACUGCACUCACAGAACACUGGCCUGAUAAACCAGAAGAAAAAACUUGAGGUUGACGCAUCCCAGCUUCAGACUGAAGUGGAGGAAGCAGUGCAGGAGUGCAGAAAUGCUGAGGAAAAGGCUAAGAAAGCCAUCACUGAUGCUGCCAUGAUGGCAGAGGAGCUGAAGAAAGAGCAGGACACCAGCUCUCACCUGGAGCGCAUGAAGAAGAACAUGGAGCAAACCAUCAAAGACCUGCAGCACCGUCUGGAUGAAGCUGAACAGAUCGCUAUGAAGGGAGGCAAGAAGCAGCUGCAGAAGCUCGAGGCCAGGGUGAGGGAGCUGGAGGGUGAGGUGGAGUCUGAGCAGAAGAAGAGCACUGACGCAGUGAAGGGGGUCCGUAAAUAUGAGAGACGCAUCAAAGAGCUCACAUACCAGACUGAGGAAGACCGCAAAAAUAUGGCGCGUCUGCAGGAUCUGGUUGACAAACUGCAACUGAAAGUCAAAGCCUACAAGAGAGCUUCAGAGGAGGCUGAAGAGGUGGCCAAUACUCAUCUGGGCAAGUUCCGUAAACUGCAGCACGAGAUGGAUGAGGCUGAGGAGAGAGCUGACAUUGCUGAGUCUCAGGUCAACAAGCUGCGUGUCAAGAGCCGCGAUGUAGGCUCCAAGAAAGGGCUAGAGGAGGAGUGAAACUCGCAGACGGCCACCUAAGAUCUUUGGGUUCUCCUCUGAUGUAGUCCCCUUUGUCUUUAAAGUAA